CUCUCUCUCUCUCUCUCGUUAGGGCUUCGUCUUGGAGAGGAAAAAAGUUGAGAGCUUUGAAAAUAAUCCAAUCGAUAAUGGAGUCGGUGGCAGCUGAGAAGAAGCAAUCCGAGAGCAACAAUGGCGAUUCCACGAAUACUGCGCACUCAGUUCUUGAUUCUUCUUCACUCUCCGAUAACAGCUCGGAAGCCCUAGAACGCCAAGCUCGCGACCUCAAAGCCGGUCUUCAUCCCCUCAAGCACAAGUUUGUAUUUUGGUACACUCGUCGGACACCUGGAGUUCGAAGCCAAGCAUCUUAUGAAGACAAUAUUAAGAAAAUUGUGGAUUUCAGCACGGUUGAAGGUUUUUGGGUCUCUUAUUGCCAUUUGGCCCGUCCAGCUUCUUUGCCAAGCCCAACAGACCUCCAUCUUUUCAAGGAGGGAAUUCGCCCUUUAUGGGAGGACUCUGCUAACUGCAAUGGUGGUAAGUGGAUAAUACGGUUCAAGAAGGUUGUGUCGGGCCGUUUCUGGGAGGAUCUGGUCCUUGCAUUGGUGGGUGACCAACUUGAUUAUGGAGAUAACAUAUGCGGGGCGGUACUGAGCAUUCGUUUCAAUGAGGAUAUAUUAAGUGUCUGGAAUAGAAACGCAUCUGACCACCAGGCUGUAAUGGCUUUAAGAGAUUCAAUCAAGCGGCACCUAAAACUUCCACACAGUUAUGUUAUGGAAUACAAGGCGCAUGAUGCUUCAUUGCGUGAUAACUCAUCCUACAGAAACACGUGGUUGCGAGGGUAAGCGUGUGCUAGCUUACCAUUAUGCAACCACCCAGAUUAGCUGUAGUAGAAGGUUUUCGAGUGGAGGCUGCUAAUAGCUGUGGGGCAUCACUUACUAUGAUGAUAUGUACACACUUUCUGGGGAUCUGUAGAUUGACUAUGAGAAACUAGUAUUCGUACUAAAAAGUCAAUGAUGGUUUAUCAACGGAUUUGCUCCUUUGACACAUGAAAUGCCAUGCUUUGAGUAACUGCACAAAAAAAAAAAAAAAAAAAAAAAAAAAAAAAAAAAGGGUUGGAACGCCGACUUGAGCUGACUACGAGUUAUGCGCAUUUUACAUUAGUUUUUGCCCUGCAGUGGAUAAUUAUAGUACCACACUGUCUGACCUUGUGAACGUUCGCCAAUGUAUUGUUUUAGUAUGUGUGAUA